AUGAAGAUGAAGGUCCAGGUGAGAUCUCUCACCCUGCUCGCUGUGGCUGUCCUGCUGGUCAGAUCUCAGAACCAGACUGAGACCAGGUAUGAAGACAUCAUCUCAGUUGCUUUGCCUCAGCUGCUUCGUGGGAAAGAGCAGGCUUUCCGUCCAACGAACCAGCUCCAAGUCGAGACUUUGAAUACAGAGGAUGUGGACCAGUCUGAGGUGUCUGUAAGGCUGAGCUUCCCCAUGCAGGAGACUUUCUGCAGUAAAUCACAGGGGCAGCCAGGCAAACCAUGCCCUCUGAAGAAAAAUGGGAAACUAAUGAUGUGCAGCAUGAAGGUCAGACAUCCGAUUCUGAAGGCUAGCAACAACCUGAACACUGACCUGUCUAAUUUUGUUUGUGAAUACAUGGAGGCAGAAGAUGCUAUGCAGCAGAAGAUUCGGACAAGAAGAAGCAAAGCCAGAAUAUGCUCCAGAGGCAAAGAUUGCAAAUUUCGCAGCAACGGUCGUCAUGGGAGUGGCUCUCGCCUUGGGGGUGGCUCCUUAAUUGGUCGUCCUGGGGGUGGCUCUCGUCCUGGGAGUAGCUCCUUAAUUGGUCGUCCUGGGGGUGGCUCUCGCCUUGGGAGUGGCUCCUUAAUUGGUCGUCCUGGGGGUGGCUCUCGUACUGGGAGUAGCUCCUUAAUUGGUCGUCCUGGGAGUGGCUCUCCUCCUGAGGGUGGCUCUCGUACUGGGGGUGGCUCUUUCAUUGAUGGAUUUAUCAGAGAUCACCGUGAUGGAAAUCGCUUUGCAUAGAUCAGCACGAUACAACCUCUGGAUAACUGCAAAUAACCCAUCUAUCAAAGAAAUGUCAGGUUAUUUAUCUUCUUUUUUUUGUAUCAACGUACCUACUCUUACAUGCCAAUUGUUGAA